AAGAGCUGCCGUGAAGAGCAACAGUGAACAGUUGUUGGCGUUGGCAGUUCAGUCAUCUUUGGUACCUGAAGUGAUGGUCGUCGUGAUCGCGUAUACACGAUCGCGGUAAUACCAAAUAAUAAACACAUAGCGACCUGCGGAGUGAUAAAUUAAGUGGUGUUAUAAGCUUAGCCGGAGACGAGUCCAUGGUGUUCGACGUUUCGUACUCGUAUUUGUCGCCGAAGCUGCGAAGAUCUGGUUAAAUGAACAACUGUUGAAAAUUAUACCGUAGGAUCGAGCGGGUCGUUGACUUUUUACCUCGUCGCUAUCGUCGUCGUCAUCGUUGUGUAUGUGUACCUGUACCGUGCGAAUGCGAAUUAAAUUAUGAUACAGAUGAAGCGUGGUGGUCUGAAAUGACGACGCAGCAGCCGCCGGCGUAACAGCAGCAGCAUCAGUCAUUUUGAUUCUUCGUAAUUCGGAUAUACCUAUUUGUCGGCAUACAGGCUCACAUACGAGUACAUUGUUGAUAGCUUUUCGGUGAUUGUAUUCAUUCUUCGACACGAAUUUGGAAUUUCCAAUCGCUCGCAGCUAUGAUCAUAGCGUCCACGCUGCAAGCUGGUCAAAUUUGUAAGAUCGUAUUUCUCUUGCUGUGGCUUAGCGUCGAGAAUCAAUGCGAAGAGACAUCGGAUCCCAAAUCAACGAUAAAAUGCGGAGCGUACAGCAAAAAUUUGAAAUACACGUGGGGCGAUGCAUUAAUCGAUCCGGCAGACUGUAUCGGACCCGGUGACCUUCCUUAUCCGUCAGCUUCUAUAGCCAGAAUGUUUCGUAAAAAUUGGCCAUCGUCUUCUUCGCGAUCUGGAAGAUCGUACAACGCCACAGAUCCGUACAAAACCAAAAGAAUUUUACUCCAGAAAUACGCAGAUUUCGCGAACGGCAUCGAUACCGAAGACACAGCUAACGCAGCCGGUAUGCUGUCAAGAACAAAAAGAGACUUCAAUCACAGAGACCUUUGCCAAUCGAGUAGUCCGGCAAGACUAUGCAAAACGCGAUAUAAUACCACAGCUCCGAUGUACGGCGUGUCGCUUACUUCCGGCCAACCAGUCACCAUUGUUCAGAAAUUUCCCGAUUUGUUGCAACAAGUGAUCUACGAAGUGUGCGAAUCGAGCGAAUGUGAUAUAGUAAGAGGAGAAUGUACGCAAACGUACGUGCCUUAUUUGUUUUUGGUCAUACCGCUAGGUCCGGUCACCCUGACCGGCCAAGAUUACGUGCUAGUGGAGAGUGGCUGCGUUUGUAAGCCAAAGUAUUCGUCGGGUUCGGCAAACGGCGGCGGAUCAAGCAGCAGCGGCGAUUCCAUGUCAGCGUUACCAACUUUAUAGCGAUCCUCAUGACGGAAUGACGUACCUAUUCCUAUACGACGACGAACCCCUAUGUACCUACCUAGAAUUACCUGCGUAUACCUACUUAAAUGAUAACCAUCAAUGGGUGUACCGUGGCUCGGGCUCAGCAACCAAAGGUUAACGAUACCAACAAGACAACGAUACAGAGCACUGCAGGCAAACUUUCAAUUUUCAUUUAAGCGUGCACAUGUGGUGGUACUACUCGUGGGUAGAAAUACGAACAGAAAGUACAUCAACAUGGUACAUGACGAUAGUUAUGGACGUGCAUAUGGAAAGGGCCCACUUCGUCGAUUUCAGUUUCAAAAAUACGAGGGUUCUGCGAAUAGGGUCAAAAAUAUCAAUUUCGAGAUUAAUAUUGAUUCUUGUGCUAUGGACCUUCCAUCUAACAUGAUUAAAAGCAGUCUAAUUGUCUGCUAUGAAUACAAUCACACUAUCAAGGAAUACGAACCACUAUGUCCGUUCAUUAAAAUGUGCUCAAAUUUCAUAUUCUGUAGGUACCUAUGUACCUACUUUACAUUACGGUGGAUGGCCCUAAAAAAAAGUCGUCGGAUUUUGACCAAAUUCCGCAGACCGUUCCUUUGAGCUGAAUAUCAAGUACUCAAAAAAUUUAGUUUUCGGAGGUGACCCAGGGCAGGAGAUAUGAGGCCUCAAAGAAGGGGCCAGUCCCAAAUGAAAAGUACCUAUUUGAGAUUCUGCGUUGAUCUGUGCUAUCGUUGUCAAAACCCAUACCCAAGGUCACUUUUUUAGGGUUUUACUGAAUGGCUGAAAAUUUGCAAAUCGCUUAUUUUUGAACAAAUCCAUUUUUUGGAAAUUUUUUCCUCGCAAAUACAAUAUCGCAUCAAUUCUGCCAAAAUAUCAAAAUAUUUCAUUGCUGAAACCGGGAACUUUUUUUAUUUUUGGAACGCAGUGGUGCCAAUUUUCUCAUCAGUUUUGCUAAUUUCAAAAAAUCGGAUUAAGUCAAAAAAUUCGAAAAUUUUUUCAGUUUUUUGAAAUUGGAAAAAAAAUUGAAAGUUGGCACCACUGCGUUCUAGAAUGUUCUAGAAAAUAUUUUCUCCAGUUUUGAGAAUACAAUCUUUCAUUAUUUUUGCAUAAUUUAUGCGAAAUACUAACGAAGAAAAAUUUUUCAGAGGACACAAAUUCAGCCAAAAAUAAGCUAUGUACUUGCAAAUUUUUAACUGCUCAGCAGAACCCUCGAAGUGGUUUUAGAUAUUGAAGGCAAUAGCAUGGAUCGACACAAUCUCAAAUACAUUCAUUUGAGCCAUUUUUUUUCAAAACACGUUGAGUAUACUUAGUGAGAAAAGUAAAAAACCAUGACUUUUUUCCUAAAAUGCCUCCUCUUUGAUGUCUUAUAUCUCUCCUCCAGGAGCACCUUAGAGGCUUAAAUUCUUUGUGGGUGACUUUCAACUCAAAAUGAAGGUAUCCGCUGAAUUUGGUUCAAAUCCGUAGAUUUCUUUUUGCAACCCACUCUAAUGUAAGGUGCAUUCAUUAAAACUUCAUUGGAAAAUUGAGUAAAAAAAAAUGAGAAGCUUGAAAAACUUUCACUUUGAAACAAUUUUUUUAUUCACGUUCAAAAUUCAUUUUUUCCGGUCUUUUUCGACGAAAUCGACUAAAAAUGGUCUUAAUCGCCGCAGAAGACGAAGUGAGCCAUUCCCAUAUGCACGUCCAUAGUGUUAUCAAUGUACUAACAAGCGUAGUCCUGAGUAGCUAGCUUCACGGAGGUGUUUUCUAAGGUACUCGCUCGAUGCAUUUAUUAAAAUAUAGGUAAUGUUAUACUCGUAAGUUAAGGAGUUGAUUCAUGUGGUACGUGUGCGAAUACAUGAGAUGUGGGCAGUGUUUUUACAUAAAUUUCGCUGCCCUCCUGCGGACCUAGGAGGCUCUGCAGGGGGUGUGUACCCACACCAGUACUCGAAACUUCAUUUCAUCUCACUUUAUUGAAAACUUUCAGUCUGCAUUUCACUUGAUAUAUGUACUUAUAAGUAACUUAAUUUAUGUACUAUACGUCUUCCAGUAAGACGCAUAUUUUUCCUAAUUUAGCUGCAUUUACGUACUAAAUUCUAACAUCAACUCGGUGCGACGCUAGCUAUAGCUACGUUUCAUCAGAUGUAAACUGUAAAUGAAAGCAUUUAGCCUAUCCGAGGCGAUCAGGUUGACAGUAGAUUAGAUACGUCUAUCCUAAUCCUACCUACUGUAUCCGUAUAUGGCUGUUAAUAAUUCAACUACGUAAGCAAUAUCAACUUUUUAGUGUUUUAGUACACUAAUGUUUGUAAAAAUGUGUCAGAUUGUAGUAUGUACCUACAUUUAAGAGUAAGUAGGUUAAGUAAAUGGAUAGGUUAGAUACUUUUCAUUCGCAGUUAAUCACUUGGUUAGUCUACCACCUGCGUGCGCGUCCAUUUUUUUUUUGUUUUAAUUUAUUUGGUACUUAGUACUCGUACUUAUACUUUACUCAUCGUGUUUUUGUUUUCUUGUUUAAUAUUUCGCUUUUUUAUCUGUCCGAGUCAAAGUCAAUUAUUGUAGUCUUAAGUAUAUCUAAUAAUACGUGUGCAUUUCAACCCACAAUACAUGCAUAAACUUAAUGCGAUA